CUGCCCCCACCCCUCCCGACUGCCCCCAGCGCCCCGCGUCCAGCGUCUCCCCCCCGGGCCGAGCAGAGACCCCCCCCCCCGCCACCCCCCGAGGCCACCACGACCGGGGCGACGGCAGGAGGCGCACGGCGGCCGGGCAGGCGGGAGAAUGGCAAGUGAAGGUACUCUCCCUACCCAAAGCCCUGAGGGCAGUAGUGGUGAUGCAAGGCUCUCAGGACAUCAGCCACAACAGCAGCAACAGCAGCAGGAAUCUGGUAAGAAGAAAGAAGCUAAAACGUCUGCAAAGACGGCCGCCAAGCUUUCCACAAGUGCUAAAAGAAUUCAGAAGGAGCUUGCAGAGAUCACCCUGGAUCCACCACCUAACUGCAGUGCUGCACCCAAAGGGGACAACCUGUACGAGUGGCGAUCCACAAUCCUUGGGCCCCCGGGCUCCGUCUAUGAAGGAGGAGUGUUUUUUUUGGACAUCACAUUUUCUUCUGACUACCCGUUUAAACCACCGAAGGUUAUUUUCAAGACUCGGAUCUACCACUGCAACAUCAACAGCCAGGGCCUCAUCUGCCUUGACAUCCUGAAAGAUAACUGGAGCCCAGCCCUGACUGUUUCCAAGGUUUUGCUGUCCAUUUGCUCCCUGCUGACCGACGCAAACCCUGCUGAUCCACUGGUUGGAAGCAUCGCCACCCAGUACCUAACCAAUCGCGUGGAACACGACCGAAUAGCACGUCAGUGGACCAAGCGCUAUGCCACGUAACUGCCUGGGCAGGAAAUGGACAGCAGCUGAUUGGCUGUGUCUGCAUGUUCAUCUUAUAAGUUUAAAUCACAGGAAAGGGUACUCACAAUGCUGAAAUAUUCUGUAAUUGUUGUUUGACCAACUUUUGUGGUUUACAGUGGAAGCUUCAAUUUGUUCUCUAUUACUAAUUGUUGCAUAGAUUUAUUUGUUCAUAUGUUUCUCGUUUUUGUGCUAUCUGCUUUGUUUCUGGGUUUGAGGGAUUGAGUGAAGGUUUUGUCGUUUUUCCUCAACAUUUACUAUCUCUAUUAAAAACCAAAUUCAUAUCACAUUUCAUACAUCAUGUUCAUGGUAAUUGGGCAAUCAAAAGUAACAAAAUAAAAUGGAUCGACACUUUGCAUGAUACAUAUGAUUAUUUAGAUCCUAUUGAAUCUUCCAUUCAACAAAAUAUAUGGUGCUGGCAUCACAUGCCUGUCAUCGCAGUGCUUUGCAUAUCUAAUUGGUUUAUAGCAGAUCUCACGUUAAGAUCAUUCUAAUUUCACAUGUUACAUUCAUAUUCAAUUCGAGACAUUAUGUUUUACUUCUUAAUUGGCUCCAAAUUAUACUUUGCUAAGUGAUUGCAAAUAUGUUUUUCUUUCUAGAUAUCGUUUUACUGUCCUGGGGAGUGCCUUCAGUGGUAUAAGAGGUAGGGUUGAUACAUUGUCUGUAAUCGGUGCUUCAGACGAUGCCUUGGAUCAACCCUUUUCAGGUCAUACCAAUCGUUAAUUUUCAGUGGUUAAAAAAUGUAUACCUAAUCAUUGCUGCCACGGUUCCUCAGUUUUCAUUGUUAACAUGGAAUUGUUGUUUACCUCUUAAAAUGUAACCAACUUUGAAGUGCUAAAAUGACUUUAAGAAAAAAAUAGUGUUGAAUGGUGGUGAACACUGCCUGGACAGACUGUUAGCACCUUGAUAUCAUCACACAUAAGAUGUGAGGCCCUGAAAGAUAUUGUAUCAACGCUAUUCACUAGGGGUGUUCAUAUCCCAGGGACUUUAUAGGACUUCCUCCUCACCUGCUGUCUUAAACACUCUGUGUACACGAACUUAAACAUUUAAUCUACAAAAUGUAUUGGUGUAAAAAAAACUGUACUUGAAACAUCUAACAUUAGCUCCACAAUUUGCCCUGCUUAAAUUUCGACAUUUGGUUUCUACCAAUGUCACCGCUCAAUUGUAACACAUUUCCUCCUGACCUUCACAGAAACGUGCACUGCACUGCAAAUGGAGAUGUUGCACCCAUUGUGUAUAUCAUUUCAAAUGUGACGAAAUAACUAGCUCUCGUUUAUGCAAUGGGGAAUGAAAUGCAUUUGUAUCCCUAGAACUUGGCUUUGGUUGAAUAAUUGUUUCGUUUGUUUGUCAAGUUUAUAUAUGGUAUUAGUCCAGCUGGGCUCGCAUUGGUUGAAUAAGUGUGUUACUUAUUUAAUCAGAUUUAUUAAAAGUAGGGAGCCUAACAAUCCAGUUGUUUUUUUAUAUUUCUACUUAUUAACAUGUGUAUUUAAAUGGUCAUAAGUAGAAUAUAACAAUGGCUAGACAGUCUAAUGGUUAGCAUGCACACUUAUUGUUCCAGUGUGUAUGGGUUCCACUCCAAUCCCUGCAGCCAACAAAUAAUGUGGCCAGGAUUUAACAUAGCUUACUAUAUAAAGUGUACAUUUAAUAACUCUGGUAUAUUUCCCGACAAUAGAUGAUUCUGUGUGGCAUCAUAGCCCAAUUAAAUUCAAGUCCAAGACAAGCCAAUGUUGGUGACCCUGAGUAAUUUGUGGCAAUUCCACGUUCCUAUGGCGAGGCAUACAUCUUCAUAGGACAACCACUUGAUAUUCCAUGAUGUGGUACCUCACUAAAAUUGUAGAUAUUUAAUACCAUGCAAAUAUUAACGGUCUCUUGAUUCUUUUGUAUUAUCCCAGAUUUACCUUGCAAGAGAGAUGUUUCAACUUACUUGGUUUAAGUCCAUUGAAUUGACAUUUGCAUGAAAAUAACACGAGCCAAGUCCUCAUUAGGUAGUCUGGCUCAAGAAUUACGAGCUUGAUAUUUGUUUGAAGUUAGAAAGAUAAUUGGUCUCGACAAUAAUUGUCGAGGUAAUGUUUCAUUACAUGUAUUUGGUUCGUGAAAAUUUACGUAAAAACAAUUUUGGAAAAAAAUCUUUCAUAACCAUUGUUUGGGGAUUUAAACUAAAAGGAUACUUUUUUCGUAUUUGUGUUGAAGAGCCUCCAAAAACACAAUUUAUAAAAAACAAAUAUAAGCUGGCAAAGUUGCUAAAUGUGUUUACAAUGUUUCCUAUGAAAAACAGUACAAUAGGUGGAGUAAACGCACUUGUUUGAUUCAUAACGGUCAAUAGUGUCUGUUUUCAACUGAAUCAAAGAACCAGGUAUAAAGAUUUUUCAUUAAAAGGAAGUUUUUGCAAUGCACAUCACAUUUGCUUUAAAAUGGCAUAUAUAGUAACGGUAAUGCUAUAACAAGUAUAUAUAACGGUCCUUUACUAUGAAUGCUUCAGUGGAUGUUUGUUUAAAAAAAACUGUAGAGAAAUAAAUCAUUUGUGAAGCGCACAACUCAAUGGAAGUGAUGUAUGGUGCGAGUUUCUAUGGGUCAACGUCAUUCAUGUGCUUUCUGUUGUGCAAAGUAAAAGUAUGCUGUAAACAGUAACUCUGUUAUUUAGUCUUGUUACUGGAUGCAUUAUGCUGAUGGCAGCUUCACAUAAAGUGUAAUCUAGCUUGGGGUUCCCCAGUUGAACAAUUGUGGUUGCGUGAUUAGCUCUACACUGUCGCUACACUGAUACUUUGGUGGUAUGAAGCCUCUUGCCGUAUAUAUCACUUUUAGCACAUUACACUUCUGUUUUCUUUAAUAUGUAUUACUAUAUUGUAAAGGUUGAAGCUGACAAUAAAGUCUCGCCUAAUUCAA